AGAUCAGUUAUGAGGAGGGAGUCUGUGAGUCCGGCAUCAUCUGGAUUUAUCACGUAUCAGCUUUGGAACAUAAAGACACCGUGCAGUAACACCUCGUGAUUGAAUGUCUUCCUCUGUGAACUGUGUAACUCGUUUCGUGCGCGAAUUUUAAACUUUGCGCUUGGGUAGCCGUGGCAUCUCCAGGUUUUACGCAAUGAAUUUUUGAUCAUUAUCCAGGGGUUACCACUGUGGAACUGACUGAGGAUUCGAGCGGAUAGUUAUUUUAGUCUUGUACAUAUAUUGUUGUCUUAGUUAUUUUUUACUAUAUUUCACGGAGUUCACCUUUGGUUCGGAAGAAUGAUUCUGCGAAGAUGUCUCAGAAUGUUGGCCCUUUUGCUUCUGUUCACCUUCAUAAAAUCUCAAGAUGUACAACUGGAAGAUGAGACAGUUUUUGACCUGUUUGAAACCAGUGGGAUCACACGUAAGACCAUUGGUGUGAAGCUUUUCAAGGGUCUGGACAAUGAUGCUCCAGCAUAUCGCUUCAUCCGUUUUGACCAGCUCCCCUCAGUCAGCUCCAAGGCGCUACAAACACUUCUUUUGCAGAUACAAAACAAUGAAGGCUUCAUCCUGACAGCCACACUGCGCCAGGAUCGCACAUCCCGCGGCACCAUUCUUGCACUGGAAGGCCCUGGAGAGCGCAGGCAGUUCGAAGUUGUUUCGGAUGGAAGAACCAACACUUUAGAUUUGGUGUACUGGUGGGCUGAUGGCUCACGCAAUGUGAUCUCUUUUGAGGAUGUAGACCUCUCGGAUUCACAGUGGAAGAAUGUAACGCUUUACGUGCAUGGAGAGACAGCAACUUUGUACAUCGGCUGUGGACUCAUUGAUAGCUUUAUUCUUGACGAACCUUUCUAUGAACACCUGAGUGCCACAGGUGGCCAUAUGUAUGUGGCCAAAGGCGCCACACGAGAAAGCCACUUUAGGGGCUUGCUGCAGAAUGUACGUUUUAUCUUUGACACCCCACUUGAGGACAUUCUGGAGAGCAGGGGAUGUGAUCUUGGAAACCCAGAGGAGGCGAAUGUAGUCAGUGAGAGUGCAGAGGUGGUGGAGGUUCCGUCUUCAAUUGCCACUAAUGUUAUUGGCCAGAAUACCGAUGUUCCAGCAACCAGCUCUUCAGAAUUGAUGUGUGAACGUUCCUGUGAAGAACUGGCCAACCUCUUCCAGGAGCUCAAAGGUCUCAGAGUUGUUGUUAGCAACCUCAUAGAUGGUCUGCAGAAAGUGACAGAAGAGAACACGGCGAUGAAGGAGGCACUAAAUAAGAUGCAGAGUCUUUCGGAGCAGACUAUGUGUUGGCAAGAUGGCCGUAUGUUUGAGGACAAAGAGGACUGGAUUGUGGAUAGCUGUACUAAAUGUACCUGCCAAGAAGGAAAAGUGGUUUGUCGUCAGAUCACUUGUCCUCCAGUGGCAUGUGCCAAUCCAUCCUUCAUCGAUGGCGAAUGCUGUCCAGUUUGCCUUCCAAUGGACAGUGAAGAUGGCUGGUCCCCAUGGUCAGAAUGGACUCAAUGCACAGUCACAUGUGGAAGUGGCACUCAACAGAGGGGCCGCUCUUGUGACGACACAAGCAAUACAUGUUCUGGACCCUCGAUUCAGACGCGCAAGUGCAGUUUGGGAAAAUGUGACCGCAGAGUUCGUCAAGAUGGUGGGUGGAGCUUAUGGUCUCCGUGGUCGUCCUGCUCAGUGACGUGUGGAGAGGGUCUGAUCACACGAAUCCGUCACUGCAAUGCUCCUGUUCCACAAAGAGGUGGAAAAGACUGUGAAGGUGACGGACGAGAGACACAAAGCUGUCAUGCGGAUCCCUGUCCGAUUGAUGGUGGCUGGGGUCCUUGGUCUCCCUGGGCAAUGUGUUCGGCUACAUGUGGAGGGGGUCUGAAGAGCCGUGUUAGGGAAUGUAACAGCCCUGAACCACAGCAUGGAGGAAGGAAAUGUCUUGGAGACUCCAUUGAAAAUGAAGUAUGCAACCGACAGGAGUGUCCUAUUGAUGGCUGUCUUUCAAACCCUUGCUUCUCCGGAGUUGAGUGUAUUACAGUUACUGAUGGAUCCUGGGAAUGUGGACCCUGCCCGAAUGGUUAUCGUGGCAAUGGAACUUCCUGUGAAGAUGUCAAUGAGUGCGACAUGGUAUCAGAUCUGUGUCAUAAGGUGGGUGGCCUACAGCAAUGUGUGAAUACAGACCCCGGAUUCCACUGUCUCCCCUGCCCCCCGCGCUACAAAGGGACUCAGCCCUACGGCAUGGGAGUGGAGUCAGCUAAAACCAACAAACAGGUGUGUGAACCCUACAACCCCUGCAAAGACAGCAGCCACAGUUGCCACAAGUAUGCUGAAUGCAUCUUCCUCAGUCACUUUACUGACCCAAUGUACAAGUGCGAGUGCCGUAUCGGUUAUGCUGGAGACGGCAUCAUCUGUGGAGAGGACUUUGAUCUGGAUGGAUGGCCUAAUCAGGAUCUUGUGUGUGGAGCAAAUGCCACCUACCAUUGUAAAAAGGACAACUGCCCAACUCUGCCCAACUCUGGUCAGGAGGACUUUGACAAUGAUGGACAAGGAGACGCCUGUGACAAAGAUGAUGAUAACGAUGAAAUUGUGGAUGAAAGGGACAACUGCCCGCUAAUGUAUAACCCAAGACAGUAUGACUACGACAAGGAUGAUGUUGGAGACCGUUGUGAUAACUGCCCGUAUGAACACAACCCUGCUCAGACCGACACUGACAACAAUGGGGAAGGAGACGCCUGUUCUAUUGAUAUGGAUGGAGAUGAGAUUCUAAACGAGCGAGACAACUGCCCUCUCAUUUACAACACAGACCAGAAAGACACCGAUUUAGAUGGUGUUGGAGACCAGUGUGACAACUGCCCCUUAGUCCACAACCCGCAACAGACGGAUGCAGAUAAUGAUCUAAUUGGAGACCAGUGUGAUGACAACCAGGACAUAGAUGAAGAUGGCCAUCAGAAUAACAUGGAUAACUGCCCGUACAUACCUAAUGCUAACCAAGCCGACCACGACGGAGACGGGAAAGGAGACGCUUGUGAUCAUGAUGAUGAUAAUGAUGGCAUUCCUGAUGACCGGGAUAACUGCAGACUAGUUUCCAACAAGGACCAAACAGACUCUGAUGGUGAUGGCCGUGGGGAUGCCUGCGAGAAUGAUUUCGACAACGACAAAGUCCCGGAUAUCUUCGACGCGUGCCCAGAAAACAGUGCAAUUAGCGUCACAGAUUUCCGGAAGUUUCAAAUGGUUCACCUCGACCCUAAGGGAACCACACAGAUUGAUCCCAACUGGGUGGUCCGAAACCAGGGCAAAGAGCUUGUGCAAACUGCCAACUCCGACCCUGGAAUUGCUGUGGGCUUUGACGAGUUCAGCGCUGUGGAUUUCAGCGGGACCUUCUACGUGAAUACGGACAGAGACGAUGAUUACGCAGGUUUUGUGUUUGGAUACCAGUCUAGCCGACGUUUUUACGUAGUCAUGUGGAAACAGAUCACGCAGACGUACUGGGAAGACAAGCCAUCAAAGGCGUUUGGCAUCUCUGGCGUCUCUCUCAAGGUGGUCAACUCCACCACAGGCACUGGGGAAAAUCUACGCAAUGCAUUAUGGCACACAGGCAACACCAAGCAGCAGGUGCGCACUCUGUGGCACGACCCGAAGAAUAUCGGCUGGAAAGACUAUACGGCCUACCGCUGGCAUCUCAUCCACAGACCGAAGACUGGAUUCAUUAGAGUUGUUGUGUAUGAAGGCAAGCAAAUCAUGGCAGACUCAGGACCGGUUUAUGACAAGACCUUUGCAGGUGGAAGACUCGGGUUAUUCGUUUUCUCCCAGGAGGCUGUCGUCUUCUCUGACCUCAAAUAUGAAUGCAGAGGUGAACAAAUAUGACUGUAUGAAAACAUUUAAAUAUCCUGUGAUCUUUUUUGUCUAGUAUAAGGAUAAUUUCAGUUCUUUUUUUUCUUUUCUUUUCUUUUCUGUUUCAUUUUUCAUUUUUUGUUUGGCAGAUAAAUGAGUGUGAUUGGAGUGCUGUUAUCUCCUGUCAUGGACUUUUUUGAUCAAAGCAAAACCGGAUCAGUGUAGUGCUUUAGUAAAAGACGAAAAAAUGAGACUUUCUGCAAUAAGGGCCUGUAAAAAGGCCAAAUCCACAGACCAGAGGUGCCUUCAAGAGGUGAAUAUACCUCCUGCUGGACAAGUAUGAAAGGAAAUAAAUAUUUGGUCAGCAUUGCUUUAGAUUCUCAGUUAAAAGUUGCACAAAUAAUCUUUGUAAUGCUACAUUGAGUCCUGCCAUCUUGAAUAUGAACCCAAGGGUUUAUCGUUUUUCAUUUCAUAUCCUUUAUUCUUUUAUAUGUCUUUCUCAUCAUUCGUGUGGAGAACAUUUUUGUGGCUUUUCGUGUUUGUUGCAAUGUUUAGGGGAGAUGUAUUAUAUUCUGACCUUUUCUACUAUCUACUGUAACUUAUUUGUCUUUUUUUCUGGUUAUUAGUUAUCGUUCCUUUUGUAAUGUAUCCCUUGCUGACUAAUUGUAAAUACUUAUUUAUUUGUUUACAUUGACAUUUUUUUUUACAGAUGAGGUUUAAAAUAAUGUUUUGCAUAUGUUAUCAAACUGCAUUCAUGUCGGUAAGGCUUCGUCAUUGGCCAUUACUGUACAGUAUCUACACAAAAACUGAAUGUGACAAGAGGAAGUGUAAUGUAAUAUUCCUGAACAAUUCAGAAGUGUCAAGUUGUUAUCUCUUUAACACUGGUCCUCAGUGACCCCAGCCACAGAGACUUUUCUUGUUCUGAUAUGUACAACGGUGACAAACCAGGAUUAUGAUCUCAGCAACUAUCCAGUUUCUAGAUCACCCUAACUUGGCCUUGAACCGGCAAUUUUUGUGGUAUCAAUCCUACCAGCACCUUCUUUUGUAUAUUCAAUAGGAAAAAGCACCAAAUGCCAGUGAAAGAAUUAAUAUAAAUUUCAAGUUUUUAUGAGCUGAUAAAGGAAUAUAUAUUACGCCUCACGUGUACAUGCUUUAAAUAUCAACUUUCAUUUUUCAGGUCACCGCGCAACACAGAGCACUUCAUUAGAUGUUAAAUUUAAGAUUCAUCUACAGUAUAUGGCUUGCUGCUAAUCACAUUUCUAGGUAUCAUAUUUGUUUUCUAUUAGCUGUUUUUGAUAUUUUGAUCACGCAUAUGCAUUUCCAUGUAUGUGAUGAAAUAACUUCUGUCAAUAAAAUUAUAUACAAAAAUUGAA